UCGGCGGCAGAUUGAGAUGAUUAAUCACGUGAAGCGGAAGUAUCCCGAUUUAGACGUGGUUGCCGGUGGGGACGUGGUGACGGCGAACCAGGCCCGGAUUUUGAUCGCCGCCGGCGCCGAUGGGUUGAGAGUUGGGGCCCGGCGAUGCCAGGCAAGUGCGGUGUACAAAGUGGCUGCCGUAGCAGCGCAAAGUGGCAUCCCAGUAAUGGCAGAUGGGGUGGACAUAUCCAAGCCAGGCCACGUGGCGAAGGCUCUGCUUCUAGGGGCGUCUUCUGUACUGAUCAAGAGCAGAGCCACUGGUGGUGCUGAUCAUGAAGCAGAUGAUCAAGUGGUGGAGAAUCAGGAGGAGUUGAUGCUCGACGCCAUGGAAGUGGUGAAGCGAAGCUUGCGAUGGUUGGGCGCCUCGUCGUUGGAAUCGGCGCAUCAGCGGCUGCACUCGCAGGAUCUGAGGCUGGAGUUGGUCACGCUCGACACGCAGAGAAAGGAAGAGUUGAUGAGGUUAAAAGCAUCAGCAUUUUGAAAGGGGAUCGAAAUAAGAACGAAUCGUAGCUUCGUUACUAACAAUUCGAGUUAUUGACGCGAAAUCGUUGGUUAAUGUGAUAGGUGUGGAUUGUCAUCAAUUGUGUGUCUCAAUAUGGAUAGUAGUUUG